AUAAAUGGCGGCCAGCGGAACUAUGCAGCUUGUUUUGGACGAGCCCGGACGCCCCUCGGAUGCUCUUCUCUGGCCGUCGGCCGAAGCGAUAGACCCGGGUUUCCCAUCGGCUCGUCUCGGAGGCUUUGACAACAUUCUGGUACCAGAUGGAGUUCCCGGAUCUGGGAAAGCACUGUGCGGAAGAAACAUGCAAGCAGCUGGAUUUUCUGCCACUGAAAUGUGAUGCAUGUGAACAAGACUUCUGCAAAGAUCACUUUGCGCGAUCUGCUCACAGGUGUCCCCAGGACUUUAGAAAGGAUGUUCGGGUUCCUGUGUGCCCACUCUGCGAUCAGCCCGUCCCACUGCGCAGGGGCCAGGUGGCGGAUGUGGUGGUAGGCGAACACAUGGACCGAGACUGCAAGUCCCUCCGUGGGAGGAAAGACGACAAGAUCUUUAGGCACCGCUGUUCCAGAGAUGGCUGCAGGAAACGGGAGAUGCUGGCACUGUCAUGUCACCAGUGUGCUGCCAACUUCUGUAUUGCACACAGACACCCCCUGGACCACGCCUGCCCGGGCAGCCACCACCCCGUGAGCACGGCUGGGUGUCCGCUCACCAUGACUCCCAGGCCUACUGGGGCUUCGCUCAGACAUUGGCUGGCUAAGAGGCUCAGGUGGAGAGUGACCCGGUGAUGGGGCUGUAUGCACUUGCAGACUCUUCAUGGCAUGGAGCUUGGAAUCAAUCUCUAGAUCUAAGGAUACAGCAG